CCCCCCGGGCGGCUCAUGCGCAGGUGGCGGCGGGAGGCGGAGCAGCCCUGCGGCGGGGACUCGGAGCCCGGCGGCCGGCGCGGCGGGGCCAUGGCGCCGCGGCUCUUCCCCCUGCCCAGGCAGCAGUCGCUCUACCCGCCCAGCGUCCGCAACCCCUUCGUGCACGAGGGGCGCCUGAGCGCCCAGGACAAAGCGCGGACUGUCCUGUUGGGGAUUAUCCUGCUUCCAUUUCGUGCCAUAUGCAUUGCAUUAAUUUUGCUGCUAACAUGGCCAAUUGCAGCUAUUGUGACUUUCUGCCACCCUGAGAGAGGGUCUGUGCCGCUCAUGGGAUGGAAGAGGAAAGUGAUCCAAUGUGCCUUCCAGUGCUUAGGUCGUGCUUUGUUCUUCUUGAUGGGCUUCCAAAUUAAAGUGAAGGGGAAAGUAGCAGGUCCCUUGGAAGCCCCAAUCUUUGUGGCAGCUCCUCACUCAAGCUUCUUUGAUGGAAUUAUUAGUGUCGUAGCUGGAUUUCCAUCGAGCGUAUCCAGGGUAGAGAACCUGUCGACCCCAGUAUUUGGCACAAUUAUCAGAUCCUUCCAGCCUAUAUUGGUAUCACGUCUAGACCCAGAUUCUCGAAGGAAUACAAUCAAUGAGAUAACUAAACGAGCAACAUCAGGAGGCCAGUGGCCACAGGUACUGAUUUUCCCAGAAGGCACCUGUACAAAUCGUUCUUGCCUGAUCACCUUUAAACAAGGAGCCUUUAUUCCAGGAGUUCCCGUGCAACCGGUGCUGCUCCAAUAUCCAAACAAACUGGAUACUGUGACCUGGACAUGGCAAGGCUAUUCAUUCAAACAACUUUGUGUGAUGACUUUUUGCCAGCUGUUCACCAGGAUAGAAAUUGAGUUUCUACCUGUUCAUGUUCCUACUGAGGAAGAGAAAAAGGAUCCUUCUCUUUUUGCCAACAGAGUCCGUAAUAUCAUGGCAACGGCUUUGAAUUUGCCAGUUACAGACCAUACUUUUGAAGACUGCAGACUUAUGAUUUCAGCAGGACAGCUGACCUUGCCCAUGGAAGCAGGCCUGGUGGAGUUUACCAAAAUCAGCAAGAAACUGAAUCUAAAAUGGGAUCCUAUCCGAGAUCAACUGAAUACAUUUGCUGCUAUUGCAAACGCCUCCAAAGGGGGAAGAAUUGGAAUGGAGGAGUUUGCCAAGCAUUUGAAGCUGCCUGUCUCAGAUGCUCUCAAAGAGCUGUUCCUACUCUUCGAUAGGAAUGGAGAUGGUACCAUAGACUUCCGAGAAUACGUGAUUGGUGUGUCUGUUCUUUGUAACCCUGCCAACACAGAAGAGACUAUUCAGAUGGCAUUUAAGCUCUUUGACAUUGAUGAUGACGGCAGCAUAACAGAAGAAGAGUUUGCUUGUAUUCUCCGGUCAUCUCUUGGAGUGCCUGACCUUGAUGUUUCUCAACUCUUUAAGGAAAUAGACACAAAUAAUUCUGGGACGGUCACCUAUAAUGAGUUUAAGGACUUUGCAUUCAAGCAUCCAGAAUAUGCCAAGUUAUUUACUACAUACCUGGAUCUACAGAGGUGCCAGCUACAGACAUCAGACGAAGAAGGCGAUUAUCAGACACCAGGAGACACAUUCUCACAGAGUAAGACAUCAGUCUCAGAAAAGACCCCAAUCGCAAGAAAUAAAGUUUGUCCUGACGGCAAUGAAGAAGACCUCUCAAGUACUUCAGACAAAAAGGAUGACUAAGUAUAAACAGCCUGAUGAUUUUGCAUUUACACUGUGCAGAUUUCACUGUUUUAUAUCAAAUGUGCUUGUUGAAUAUUGAUAAAAGUUAAGAUUAAGAA